AUGUCUGAAAAUAACGAAUUUCAAAGUGUCACUGAGUCGACGACUGCCCCUACUACAAAUAACCCAUAUGGUCCUAAUCCUGCAGAUUAUCUUUCCAACGUCAAGAAUUUCCAGUUGAUUGAUUCGACCCUGAGAGAAGGUGAACAAUUUGCCAACGCUUUCUUCGAUACGGAAAAGAAGAUCGAAAUUGCUAAAGCUCUGGAUGAUUUUGGUGUGGACUACAUCGAGUUAACGUCACCCGUGGCAUCUGAACAAUCCAAAAAGGAUUGUGAAGCUAUAUGUAAACUAGGUUUAAAGGCCAAGAUUCUUACACAUAUUCGUUGUCAUAUGGAUGACGCCAGAGUUGCCGUGGAGACUGGUGUCGAUGGUGUCGACGUUGUUAUCGGUACCUCCAAAUUCUUGAGACAGUAUUCCCAUGGUAAGGAUAUGAACUACAUUGCCAAAAGUGCUGUUGAAGUUAUUGAAUUUGUCAAGUCCAAAGGUAUCGAAAUCAGAUUCUCUUCUGAAGAUUCUUUCAGAAGUGACCUGGUUGACCUUUUGAACAUUUACAAAACCGUUGAUAAGAUCGGUGUAAAUAGAGUUGGUAUCGCCGAUACAGUCGGAUGUGCCAACCCAAGGCAAGUGUAUGAACUUAUCAGAACUUUGAAGAGUGUUGUCUCAUGUGACAUUGAAUGUCAUUUCCAUAACGACACUGGUUGCGCCAUUGCCAACGCCUACACAGCCCUGGAAGGUGGUGCCAGGUUGAUCGACGUCAGUGUCCUAGGUAUCGGUGAAAGAAACGGUAUCACUCCUCUCGGUGGGCUCAUGGCAAGAAUGAUUGUGGCCGCACCAGACUAUGUCAAGUCCAAAUAUAAACUACACAAGAUCAGAGACAUCGAGAACCUGGUGGCUGAUGCUGUGGAGGUUAACAUUCCAUUCAACAACCCUAUCACAGGGUUCUGUGCAUUCACACAUAAAGCCGGUAUUCAUGCCAAGGCCAUUCUAGCAAACCCAUCUACAUACGAAAUCUUGGAUCCUCACGAUUUCGGUAUGAAGAGAUAUAUUCACUUUGCUAACAGAUUAACAGGUUGGAACGCUAUUAAAUCAAGAGUUGACCAAUUGAAUUUGAACCUGACAGACGACCAAGUUAAGGAAGUCACUGCUAAGAUUAAGAAGCUUGGUGAUGUGAGACCACUAAAUAUUGAUGAUGUAGAUUCUAUCAUUAAGGAUUUCCAUGCUGAGUUGGGCACUCCAAUUUUAAAACCGGUAAAUAAGGACAUUGAUGGCGGAAAUAUUGAUAUCUCUAAUGGGCAUGUAUCUAAAAAAGCCAAGGUUACCAAAUGA